AUCAAAUGUGUCCUAUAUUUAAUAUUGCAUACGUAUAUCUGACUUCCAAAACAUAGUUGCAGGGUACAAUGUGAAUAACGAUGUGAAUAAUGUUGAAAUCUAGGCCAAAAACAAUGCAGAACCUACAUAUUUGUAUCAUGUCCAUGUGUUAUAUGACAAACAUUGUGCAAGGAAACUCGAAGCAUAUGAUUUGUAAAACAGUCGAAGACGUUUUUGCAGGAGAAGGGGGUCACGCUAUACCAACAACUUCACAGCGAGACCAUAGGAUGCCUGGAAAACGGGGACCACAAGGUUUUAAAGGGGAACGCGGAAUAUCUGGUAGUAAGGGUGAAAAAGGUGGUUCAGGUGUUGUCAACUACAACAGGAUAAAUGAAAAAAUUGAGGAAACAAUCGAACAAGCUAAUGGAAAUUUAACCAUACGAGUAGAAAAGUUAGAAGAAUUAGUUCUUGAACUGAAGAAAAAUGCUUCAAAAGAUUCCGGGUGUGAUGACGUGGAACCAAUUUGCAAUGGUAUUGUUUACAAGAAAACUUGCUAUUGGACUGUUUUACGUUCUUCUGCAAAUGUUAACUUAAACGAAGCAUCUGCAAUAUGCGCACAAAGGCAAGGAAAGCUUGCAUUCAUUCAGGACUCACAACAUUUCGAACAAAUUAAGACGUACGUUCGACCGUUGAUUCCUUCGUCUCAUAGUUGGGUACACGUCUGGCUUGGAAUGACCAUAAACCCUUCAACAAGAACAGUGACGCUUGCAGACGGAUCAAUUGCUCCAUUCGUACGAUGGCUUUCUGGUUAUCCAGACUCUGGCAGUUCAUCUACUACGCUACAGCUGCAAGUUUACAAACAAUCUUCACAUCAACACCAAGCAAUGUAUAAUUAUCACCCUGAAUCGAAAGAGCACGGCGUAUUAUGUCAGAAAUACUGAAGUGAAUAUUUGUAGUAAAUUUGCCGCAAAAAACUUUUUAAUAGGCCUCACAGAAAUACCUUUUAUAAAUAUUGGAUUCAUGAAUAUUACACAUAAAUAUCUAUUUGAGCUAUUUUCAUUUAUAUUUCUUGCAUUGACCUACUUGCUCACAUGUUCAAACUAAUUUCAAAUAUGUAAAACUUAUUCAAUAAACACAGUUUCAAUGCCAUAAUUUUUAAAUUUCGAAUAAUUAGAGCAUUGGCCUUUCUUUUAACCUCCCAUCUCCAGAUCAUCUGCAAGUCUGUGAUUCUGACUUUGGAAAGUUUGAAAAUUUCAAAUGCCUGACUCUGACAACACAGGCCUGGAAAUAGCAACAUUACCGAUGCAAUCCCAAAACAUAGAGAUUUUAAAAAGACAAUAGUUUUCAAUGAUAGAAAAUUUAUUUAAACAUAUGAUAUUUUUAGCAAUAUAAAUAUAACAUGAGCAACAACAUAAUAACAAAACGAUCGAUAGGUCCACUACGUGUCCAAUAAUGAUGAAUAAGAAAAUAUGUUGAUUUACGACUAGUGACUUACUUAAAGUUUGCACGUUAUUUCACUUAGGUCCAUUAUUUCACAAUGGACCUAUGGAUCGUCAUUGAUGGUCAUUAUCUCCUCAUUCUCGUUGUUGUGAAAAAUCGCUUUUCAU